UCGUCGUCUGUUCGUUUAGUUUGGAUGUUGUGUGAAAUAACUUCGCUUCUCGUCGCUCGGUUUUAUGAUUUCUUUCAAUUUUUCUAACACUCCAAAGUAAUUUUUGAUAUGUUUUCUCCAACUAUAAUUUAAACGAUAUUCAAGUGCGUGCGCGUGUGUCUUACAUAUUUUCUCGCUACGAACCUCGCAACUUUCGGUGUAUUUAAUUUGAAUGGAAAUAAUCAUUAGAAAUACUACUAGAAACGAGGAAAAUUGUGUCGCAACAAAUGUGCGUGAGCAAUAGUUAAUCCCUAGUGUGCGUUGCAGGGGCAAAUAUUGACAGCUGUCACCUGUCGCGAAAUCGUGGCAGUUGUCGGUGCCGCAGCUGCCAGCUAGCAGUGCAGUCGUAGUACUCACCGCGUCCAGCAUUUCUGCAAUUGUUGCAUAUUUUGCCGGCAAACGCGCAACAUUCUCAACAUUAACGACCGGUCAGACCCCCUAGACGUGCAUACACAUACAAACAUAAGUGUAGCGCAUACAAUAAAUAAUAAACGUCAGCUGGUCGCUGCGCUGCCGCUGCACUUUGUACGUAGUGCCGUGUUACCCUCCCCCUUUUUGUGCUGCAUUUUGUAACAAGUAAGUGUCGGUGUGUUCGUUUUGUGUCGGCAAUUCGUUGUGCUUCAUUUUGCGUUGCAGUUGUUGAAUUUAUUAUUACACAGCAAAAAAGUAAACUCAAGAGGCAAUAAAAAAGUAAAAAAAAGUCGCAAAGGCAAAAUCGAAAAAACUACUUACAACGCGUACGCGAAUAAAUUCAUUAUAAUUCAUCAAAAUCAAGUGAACAACAACGAAGAAAAGUUAAUUAUCGUGCAUAUUCGCCCUUUUGGAUUGCUGUGCUUGUUGUUGGCGAGACCCGGGAGUCACAAGCCAAAGGCCGGCCAGCUCAAGUAAUGAGCCGCCAUUGUAUGCGUUUAUCGCAAAUGAAGUGUGUGUAAAAUGGAAAUUAUUUAUUUGUGGGCAAAUGUGCUUAUUAAAUGCUGAAUUGUUGCAGAAAUUUACGCUAAAUUGUGAAAGUGUUGAAUUGUGAGCGAUAAGCGAAGAUUUAUUGCAAAGAAAUUGUUCUGCAAGUUACUGCAUGCACAUACAUGAAUAUACAAAUAUUGUUGUACGCGAUAAAUGCAAAUAGGCUUAAUAAGUGAUUAUAAAAUACAGAAAUUCUUGUGCUAAUUAUAGUAAUACAAGUGAAUUUUAAGAAAUUUAAACGAAGGCAAACAAGUUUAGAAGAAAAUUUGUUAAAAAUCACAUUUCAACUCACAGCGUCGUAAUUUUUGAGAGUCACUACAAACGCGACGCAGCGCGGAGGCGCAGCCACUACUGCAACGAGACACGACGCGCCUGGCCGCUUGGAAGGCGCACAAAGGCACAAACAAGUGUUUUCAGGCGCGCGCGUAGCCAAGAAACUCAAAGAAAUUCGAGUCAUAGCCACAAAGUGUUGCGGACCGAGGUGCGCCGUGUAACCAAAUAAAGACGCAGUCAAAAUAUAUAACACAUUUUUCCUGCAAAUGCAAAAAAAGCUUGUAAUAAUAAGCAAAUAAAUCGCAUGAAGCGCGCCUGCCGAGCGCACAGUCCUUGCAAGCAGAAGCGCAGUCUAGCAAUACACAGUUGCUUAUUGCUGAAUUUGAUACUGUGAGGCAGCUAGCGCGUGCGUGAGUGCGCGUGUACUUGCGGCAAACGCCCCACUCUCCAAACGCGGACGAGCGGACGAGUGCGCGGCGCGUUAAUCACGCGCAAACACAUGAAAUUCAACUAAAGUAAUUUGUACUUGAAAAUCGCGCAAGUGAAAUCCGUGAAAUUGAAUUCGUGCCUAUCAGCGGAAAGAUGCUGGAGCGGCGACGCGCGAAUAGCAACCGCGAGUGUUGGGAAUGAAAACAGUUGAACUCACCGCCAACAGAUACAACAGCGACUGCGGCUGUGGCUGUUAUAAAGAAAAACAAAUUUCAUAAUUCGCCUGGUGGCUAUGACUGGCCGCUGCAACAACAACAAUAAAUGUUAUACUAGCGCUUCUUACAACGAAGAACAGCAGCGCAGCCCAUUAGACGCGGCGGAAAUUUAGUAGCAAAGCAAUUUUUCCUCUUCUUUUUGGUGUUGUUGGUGUUUUUGCGCUCACUAAUCGAUCGCGCGCGCACACAACAAAAAAUCGAAAAGCUAUAAAAGCAAAAAUCAAAACGAAAGCAAAAAAGAACGAAACGAAAUCUUAAUAAAAAGCAUAGAAAUUGAGAGAAUUGAAUUGGUAGCGGCGCAUAAUUGCCUGAAACGGCCGACUCGACCGGAAAAUCAAGCAGGCACCGAGGCGUACAGCAGCCCUAGCAGUAGCAGCAGCACCAGCAGCGUUAGUAGCGUUAGCUCCAGCACGAUGUUGGCCGGCAUAAGGAAGCGUCUGGCGCGCAAAACACUAGAUAUAAAAGAAGAAGAUGACGAUAAAGACGACAUACAGGCGUUUUCUCCACCAACGAAUUACAUAACGAUAUCUCAAGGAAAAAUUCAGCUAGUACACCAACAACGCUCGCAGGAAAGUGAUAUUUCCGAUGCGCAAAAUCGAAAAGAUCGGGAGGUACUGGAAAAUCGGAUUGUCGAACUAGAAGAAGCGCUUUCCCACUUGCAGGAAAGAUUUAAUAAUAGUCAUUGUGUGUCGCCAACGUUCGAGAAAGAGCUGCGAGAGCAAUUGGAUAACAUGAAUCGUGUAAUAAAAUCGAAAGAACGGAAGCAAAAACAAACAUGUCCAGGACACAAAACACUCCAGACCCGCAUCACCCACCAAGAGACACUCCUACGUUCCAUGCAACAAGAGAAUUACACGCUCAAACGCAGCAUACGUCAUUACGAACGUUGUCUGGACGAUGUAAUGCGCAAGGUAGUGGAUGCCAUUGUCGCAGAGGAUAUACUACGCGAAGAGGUCACCAUGCUUAAGAAUCGGGUACGCGAUUUGGAAGCGCAAAAUGCGGCGCUCUCAGCAAGUCCGGCAAAGGGACGUGACGAAGGCUACUGUACGAUGAGCAGCGGACAACCGCAGCCAUCGAAUGGACAUCUGGAAGAUUUGCCGGAGGAGCCCGAACAAUGGCUACUGCCGGCCGAACCGUGUUCGACUGAAAUGGAAGACUGGAGCAUGUCGCAAGAGGAGUUGCCUGUAGUGACGCUGGACGACGGACAGCAACUUAUGCGCGGCGGACGUUUGUUGACCAAUUUGAGGCGACAAAAUGGUGAAAACGAGUGGAUGUGGAAUUCGAAUGAUUUUCUCACAUCGACCACUGCGGAAACGGACUCGGAAUCCGAGGCGAUAUCACAAUUGCUGCAACAAAAGAUUGUUUACUCCGAAGAUGAAGACAUUGCGCGCACCGAAUUCACCAACGAGUUCUACAAACUUGUCGACAUACGUUCGGCUUCGGCGCGCAGUCUCUUCUCCUACAUCGAGGGCGAAACCGACGAUGAGGACGACGACGACGAAGAAGACGAAACGUCUAGUUUGUCGAAGCGACGUAUACGGCUGCGCAGUAAAAUCGCAUUAAAUGGCAAUCGACUGAAAGCGGCCAGCCCGACGCCAAGCGAGGCGGGACGCGCACAAGUGACCAGCUGUUCGUCCAGUGAAUCGGACGAACAAUCGCGUUGUACGACAACGCAACACGAACUGAACGGCAGCACUAUCGAAGGCGGCAUCGAAGAGGAAAUGGACACACAAUUGUGUGGCAACGAAAGCAGUGAUAUCGAAAUCGAAGACUUGCAACUGGAAAACGAAACGUUGCACAAGCUAAACGAACAAGAAUGCAUUGAGGCGAUUAUACGCACGGAACUGCGUCGACCCAACACCAACAGCCCCGCGCUACCGAUGGUCAAAUCCAAAUCGAUGUUGCACAAAACCGAAAACGACUUGAACGGACUGCUGCGCAACGCGGCAAACACGAACGGCAACGACGCCAAGCCGCCGCGUGUGGUGCGCAGCGAAAGCGUGAACGGCGCAAUCGUCGGCGGCAGCGGUAACGGUAGUGGCGGCGCGAGUCGCGGCGGCUCCGCCAGCGCGCACAAGUUGCAAGAACGUCUACAACAGCGGCCGGCCAACUCGUGGCGCAAAAGCAGCGGUUGGAAGCGCAUACCAACAACACCGACCGGUUCGCCCACAGCGCCGUUGUCACCGAAAAAGGAAGUGAAAACGGAGAUUGUGCGCAACUGUGUGAACGGCUUGCCGAAAAUACCGCCGACGCGUAUACCAACCAGCGUGCAACAACAAUCGCCGCCAUCGCCAAAGCAAAACCAAAACGCGCCAAUGCAAUUUGGCGAUACACAAACGCAACAACAACAACAACAGCCAAUACGAAAAUCAAAAAUUCCUCCACCGGUCCCCGUGCGUCGUUCUUAUGCGAGCUAGCCAAGUGCGGUUGAGGGUAUAAAAUAAAGUAAUAAUAACAACAAACAAACAAAAACAAUAAAAAUGAAAUUGAACCGUUAUAGUAUAUCAUGCCGUUACGGUUGAAGCGAAAUCCACAAGUUAAUUAAUUUAAGCAAAAUUUAUAUAAAAAAAGACUUAUAUGUGAUAUUUGAGCGAAGAAAGAGUACGCAAAAGUAGUUCUAAAAACAAAAACAAUAAAAACAAAUUGUUGUAUAAACACGUAGUAGUAACAAUGAAAUAACACCAAAAGUGAAACUAACUGCCUACUCCACAAAAACUAAACAAAAACACUAACUAACAACAACAAAUAAUUGUAAUAAUUAAUACCGUAAUUUUGAAAAAAAAAAUCAUUUCAAUAUUAUAAAAAUUAAAAUUAUAUGGUAUUUCGGCGUAAAAAAAUUCAAUGCGAAAUUCAAAAAUUUUUUUUUUUCAACAUCAAGUCAAAAAUCGUACGCAAAUCAAGAAAUAUAAAAAUACACUGCCUGCAAAUUGUCUGUACUACGAGUUUAUAAAAAGCAUAUAUUGUAGUUAUCACUUUUUAUAUAUGCAUUUACAUACAAUAUAUACAUAUAUUUAUGUAUGUAUCUAAAAUAUUGAAAUUAAGAUAAGUGGUUUCCACUAUUUUCACCACACUCCCUCGUUUUGUGGGGAGUGCUCACAUUUGGUUGCAGAAUAGCGAAAGCCAGCGUAGUUGUGACACAUGCUUUCAACUCACCGACAUACCUAUCAGUUAAUUCCGUUCUAAUGUACAGUUUUUUCCUCGGUACAGGAAUAAAUGAUGGUUUGUUGAGUGGCAGUUGACUCGUUGGUUAUUUUCGAAACGAAAUUACUCUUUAAUGGGCAUUGUACAUACGAAUAAAUAUAUAAUUUGUUAAUGCAUUUGGCGAAAGCUUUGCAUUUAUUAACAAUUUGGAUUUUUUUAUAAAUUUAUAAAUGCAUAAAUAUAUACAGCUGAUGAUAAAUAUAUACAUUGAGUGUUAUGUGACCGAGUGUUGCCAGCUUUAUUGAAUACUAAAAUAUUUUAAAAGUAAUUUAAACUCAUUUUUUUUUUUCAAAUAAUUAUUUUUUGUUAUAAAUAUUUAUCAAAAAUAAAAAAAAUAUAAACUAAAAUUAAAAAAUAUAAAAUAAAAUAAAUAGAAUAUAAAUUAAAAAUAUAACUAAAAUCAAUUAAAGCAUUUUUA